AUGUCCAUCUCCUGUCCUCUUCUUGUCUUCCCCAGGGAAGGACCUCUCUACAUAAAGGGACUCAGCCCUGCGGCUCUGGAACGGCCAGCUCUCUACAUAAAGGGACUCAGCCCUGGGGCUCUGGAACGGCCAGCUCUCUACAUAAAGGGACUCAGCCCUGGGGCUCUGGAACGGCCAGCUCUCUACAUAAAGGGACUCAGCCCGGGGGCUCUGGAACGGCCAGCUCUCUACAUAAAGGGACUCAGCCCUGGGGCUCUGGAACGGCCAGCUCUCUACAUAAAGGGACUCAGCCCUGGGGCUCUGGAACGGCCAGCUCUCUACAUAAAGGGAGUCAGCCCUGGGGCUCUGGAACGGCCAGCUCUCUACAUAAAGGGAGUCAGCCCUGGGGCUCUGGAACGGCCAGCUCUCUACAUAAAGGGACUCAGCCCUGGGGCUCUGGAACGGCCAGCUCUCUACAUAAAGGGAGUCAGCCCUGGGGCUCUGGAACGGCCAGCUCUCUACAUAAAGGGAGUCAGCCCUGGGGCUCUGGAACGGCCAGCUCUCUACAUAAAGGGACUCAGCCCUGGGGCUCUGGAACGGCCAGCUCUCUACAUAAAGGGAGUCAGCCCUGGGGCUCUGGAACGGCCAGCUCUCUACAUAAAGGGAGUCAGCCCUGGGGCUCUGGAACGGCCAGCUCUCUACAUAAAGGGACUCAGCCCUGGGGCUCUGGAACGGCCAGCUCUCUACAUAAAGGGACUCAGCCCUGGGGCUCUGGAACGGCCAGCUCUCUACAUAAAGGGACUCAGCCCUGGGGCUCCGGAACGGCCAGCUCUCUACAUAAAGGGACUCAGCCCUGGGGCUCUGGAACGGCCAGCUCUCUACAUAAAGGGACUCAGCCCUGGGGCUCUGGAACGGCCAGCUCUCUACAUAAAGGGACUCAGCCCUGGGGCUCUGGAACGGCCAGCUCUCUACAUAAAGGGACUCAGCCCUGGGGCUCUGGAACGACCAGCUCUCUACAUAAAGGGAGUCAGCCCUGGGGCUCUGGAACGGCCAGCUCUCUACAUAAAGGGACUCAGCCCUGGGGCUCUGGAACGGCCAGCUCUCUACAUAAAGGGACUCAGCCCUGGGGCUCUGGAACGGCCAGCUCUCUACAUAAAGGGACUCAGCCUGGGGCUCUGGAACAGCCAGCUCUCAACAUAA